GCAGACUGCGAAGCGGAUUCUACAAGCGAAAAUCUUAUGGUAAUGGACCACUGAUAAAACAGUAAAAUAGUCGUCGAAGCAUCACAGACACCGUGCAAAUUAUGUCUGCUCCAGCGCCAGAUUCCGGGAAGUUUAAAAGCUUUUUUGCGGUUGUGAAGUCAUAUACAGUAGAUGUUGACACUUCCGAAAAGAUGGAUACUAUUCCAUCGGAUACACUCCUAAAUACAAUGGAUGCAAGCGUGGCCACCUCAAUGAAUUGCCCUCCUACAUUGUUACAUCGUCCAAAAAGAGAUAUUAUAAUGCCUUCACUUACUGCGCCGGCCAGAGGUGAGGUAUAUGCGGUAGGGACCAGUGUGGAAUGGCACAGUCAGCUAGCAGCACAUCUGGCCACACACACCCCAAUUCAGGUUCCUCGACCGCAAGAAGGCGUGCCCGCCGCGUUCCACGCCAUGCAGCAAGGGGCAUGGCGAAUCCCCUUCGCCGGAUUCACUCCUUCGCAACCUCAACCUCUUUUUCGAUCCGCGUGGCAGCAACCGUCUACCGGGGAAUGGCCAGCGAACAAUAACAAGAUAAACGAGUGGAAGAAGUGGAGUUCUCUGGAGGCGCCGUCGCCGGAUCUGGCGCGCCCGCGACCGCAGCUGCUCUCACCUCACUUCGGCUCUCCAGUACUGCCGGGGCAGGCGGCUCUACCGGCUGCUCAUUCUGCUGAGGUCAUCAAGGAAGAACAGCCAUGCGAGCCCAUGGACCAACACGACAUUCACAGCCUCAAGGAGGAAGGACGAAAAUCUACCGAGCAUCACUCUGCAUCAUACGACGCUUCGGCUUCACCAUCGCUUAGCGGUGACGACGAUGAGCGUCGUCUAGAUGUUGAGAAUAGUGAAAAUCCGCACACAGAAGAUCAUAUCGAAGUGGAGCAUUGCAGAACGCCAUCUAAUCUUCGCAUGCAGACUAGCAUUGAUUACGAGACUGACGAAGGGCAUGCAAAUGACAACGAUGACAAUCAAGUGAGCACAACGACAGCUCACAAGGAGGAUGAAGCCUCACACCUCCUGUUGAACUUUUCACAACAGUCCUUCUCCACCAGCAGCGAUCAGUCGAGGAUUCAAUGCCUUGCCUCGCCUACAGACAGCAGAAAAGCCAGCGAUGCAAACGUGCCAACAACGACAACGCAUUCAGUCACUUCGACCGUGCACAGUGCAUUUUCGGAUGCAGCAGAUCAGCACGCUGCCGCCGUCGUGUCGACAUCGGACAGCAAUCCGACCUUCUGCCGACCUCCCGGACUAGGACCCGCGGUGUUCUGCACUCCCACAUCUGGGCAAAGCGCCGCUCUUGUUUGCCCAAUUUGUGGAUUCUCAUGUAAUUCGAAGUUCCAUUACAAUAGUCACAUGAAUACGCACGGUGACCACCAAUGCAGCAUGUGCGAUUAUACAAGUCGCACCGAGGGAAGGCUCAAAAAACACAUGCGCGAGUCGCAUACGGUGGAGGAGCAGCUCGCCGUGGGCCUGGAAAUCAAGCCGGCAACUCCUGCGCCUCCUACCACGACAAGUGCAGCCAUUUCGGUCGUGACUACAACAUCGCAGUGCUCGUCUGAUACAGCCAAUCUGUCCACAACGAUGGCAUCGCUAGUGGAUGUUGCCAACAUGGCAGCGGCGGCCGUUGCUGCUAAGCAAGAGAAUCAGAAUUCACUGGCAACGGCACUGUCGAUGGAGAAUCUAGUGGGUACGAGCGGAUUCCUGAGCACUAUUGCAUCGACGGGACUGCCUUCAGCCCUGGAUCAGAUCCGAGCCUUCGCGGAGAACUCUGCACUGCUUCCUGACUCCGGCACAACACUUGCAAAUGCGCUGGGUGUGAUGUCUCAGGAGGCCGUGGAUGGCAUAGAUAGAUCGCCCGAGAAGAUGAACAACUCGGAACCGCGUCGCAACAGUAACGGAAAGAUGAAACAGUACAAGUGCAAACAGUGUCCGCACAUCUCGUUCUCCAAGGAUGAUCAGUGGGCGCACGCGCGCACCCACAUCCCUGUGGACAAGCAGAUGAACUGCCCUACCUGCAAUUUUGUGACCGAAUACAAACACCACCUAGAAUAUCACAUCCGAAAUCAUAUUGGGAGUAAGCCGUUUCAAUGCAAAAAGUGCAGUUACACGUGCGUUAAUAAGUCGAUGCUCAACUCGCACAUGAAGAGCCACACGAACGUUUAUCAGUUCAGAUGUAUGGAUUGCACCUAUGCUACGAAGUAUUGCCAUAGCUUGAAGCUUCAUCUGAAGAAAUAUGAUCAUCGUCGUGUUCCUGACGGUAUGGACCUCGGUGACACGUCACCCACUCAAGUGAAACCAGAACCGCUAGCCGCUUAUCAGAACUUUGGCCUGAAGUUGGAAGCUCCAUCCCCCGCUACUACUUUGGCUCAGACACUAGGACUAAAUCCAAUCGUCACCAGUCAGAGCCUGAACUACGCUAGCCAGAUGCUUCUUAGGCAGCACCAGAUGGAGCAGAUGAGCUCGCUGAUCAACAGCCUUCCAUCGCUCACGCAGCCGUUAAAAUGUGCUGCUUGCGACUUCCAGACGAGUUCACAAGAAGAACUAAUGCGGCACAAUGUCAACCACUUCCUCAGUCAGCCAACCCAAAGCCCUAUAGCCAGCCUUUAUCAAGCACUGCCACAGAUGAGCUCUUUUGCGCCACCCAUUGAGACUAAUUCGGACAAGAAUGUCAACGUAGAUACUCACGAGGAGCGUGACAGCGGCCAUGUAGGUGACGAUGAGAUGGGCAGCACUGGCAGCACCGGAAGCCCUCACUGUAGUUCCAAGGGCUCUGGAGAUGAGACUGAGCUUCCUGGCAGGAAAGUCAAAGCAUUCAAGCUGGAUCAAAUUAGCCAGCGUUUGCAGGGAAAGAGUCCAACAGGCAGUGAAGAUAGUGACGAAAAGGAGGGCGAGGAGCAACACGUCGAAUCCUCGGUCUCUCCAGCCCCGGAUCCAGCAGCCUCCAACUCUACCUCCGUUGUUAGAGCAGUUGCUCAACCAUUCCUGCCCAUGUCGCCUGAAAGCAACCUGAAUAUCUUCCAGCAGGCCUACCUAGCGCAGUUGAAUGUACUUGCUGCCAGAAGAGAGGAAGCUUCGUGGCGAUUUCAGUGCCAGCACUGCAGGAUGGCUUUCCAGGAUCAGGCUCUCUACAACAUCCAUAUGGGCUAUCAUGGCUACGAGCACGUGUUCAAGUGCAACCGGCGUCUCAUGAAUAGACUAGACAGGCCGAAUGGUCCGGCCUGGCACUCCAGGAUCGACUUGUGGGGCGCCACGAAAAUCACGCGUUCUUGCUCCGACAUGCUGGUUCCACACGUUCUCCGCUCCUCGUCGUCCUUUUUGUUUAUAGCUAGUAAUAAGUAA